UUAGUCACUGUCUAAUACGAUUCAUGUUUAUUAACUAAAAAUGUGAUGGAAUUUAUAUUCCGUAUACAUUUCUUACAUAUUCUAGGUGUUAUAACGUAGAAAAACUCAUUAAUAAUGAUUGUGUCAACUUAAAAUUUAUUGCAAUUAACAGAGUUUGUAUUGUCUACCUUCACAAUGUUAUCUUUAAUCGUCAUAAUUUAUUUGUCACUAGUUUGUGUAACACACGCAUCUGAUGAAGUUAAGGGUGAUAAAAAUGUUGUAGUAGAUUGUAAUACUUUACGAUUAGGACAAUACAUAUGUCCUGACCCCAGCUUAAAUCAAAUAGAUCCAGACACGCAACAAUAUCGCGGCUGUACUAAAGGAAAGGACAUUGCUUCAGAAGGUGAAGCAGAAGUUCAGUGUAUAGCAGCAGAUGGAAUAAUAUGUAAUGAGACAAACAAUUCUACAUUUAGAAGGAAAUUACCCUGCAAAUGGACGAAUGGUUAUUCUCUAGAAAUAGCUCUAUUGCUAUCAGUCUUCUUAGGGAUGUUUGGAUUAGACAGAUUUUAUCUGGGUUAUCCUGGCAUUGGUUUAGCCAAGUUAUGUACACUUGGCUUCAUGUUCCUUGGCCAACUGCUAGAUAUUAUACUUAUUGCAGCACAGGUUGUCGGGCCAUCUGAUGGAUCAGCAUAUGUUAUUCCAUAUUAUGGAGCUGGAGUUUCUGUAGUGAGGAGUGACAAUGAGACAUAUCUCCUACCUCAAGCAGACUGGCACAACAUCACCUGACAGUGGGGUACCAUAUCCUUUGAAGUAGACGAGGAUUAUGAGUGGACUUAAUAUAACUUUUGGAUUUCAUGGACCGAGUAAAAUGUUCCAUGAAAUUAUAUAAACUGUUUCUAGUGAAUUAAGCUUUCCAAUGAGCCUGUAUUAUAUAUAAGUAAAGAUUAUAUUUGUAAAAUAUGUAAAUAAUAAAAUAUUUUUUGUAAUAUGUAAAUAAAUU